GCCAUUGAAGCAGAUUGAAUAGGGUUGUCAGUGAGGCAGGUGCCGUCUUCCCUUCCUCUCCUCCGACCAGGAAGAGGGCGGCGGGUAAAGAGAUCGCAGUUGGACUCAGUGGUGGCCGCCGCGGUGCCAUUACGUUGAGUCUAGUGCAUAAACCUCACUAUGGUGGUAAUGGAAUUUUCGGUGGACUUAAACAAAGCCCUUGUUUUCCAGGUCGGCCAUCUCGGGAAAGCUUAUCAAGAAUGGGUUCACCAACCCAUUAUCAGCAAAGAAAGCCCACGUUUUUUCCAAAAUAACAUUCUGGAGUUCUUAACACGAACGGUAUGGUGGGCGGUUCCUACGAUUUGGCUUCCAGUUGUUUGCUGGUUCGUGUUGACAUCCUUCCGCAUGGAUCAAUCUUUACCUGCAAUUGCUCUACAGAUGUUGGGUGGAAUAUUUCUUUGGACAUUCAUCGAAUACUGUUUGCACCGAUUUCUCUUUCACAUUAAGACAGAAAGUUACUGGGCAAACACAGCACAUUAUCUGCUCCAUGGAUGCCAUCAUAAGCACCCCAUGGAUGGUCUCCGCCUUGUUUUCCCUCCUGCUGCAGCAGCUAUUCUUUGUUUUCCAUUUUUCGGUCUCGCCAAACUUCUAACAACUUCAGCGGCGGCGGCGUUUGCUCUCUUCGGGGGUGGCUUGCUCGGCUACGUCAUGUAUGAUUGCAUUCAUUACUAUCUCCAUCAUGGAAAUCCAUCGAAUAACCAAGCGAAAUAUCUUAAGCGUUAUCAUAUGAACCAUCACUUCAGAAUUCAAAAGUUGGGAUUUGGGAUCACUUCUUCACUCUGGGAUGUCAUAUUUGGGACUCUGCCGCCUGCACCGAAAGCUUCUCAGAAGAGUAAUUGAUUCUCUCCAUCUUUAGUUCGGUUUGAAAAUUUGCUGUAAUUAAUUGAAGGUUGGGGUUUUUGAGAACAUGAAAUUUACCUUUUGUGCCACUGAGUUGGCAUUGAAUAUUCUGAUGUUUUAAGCAGGUUUUCUUUCUUGGGAAGGAUGUAAUAAUGAGAUUUUUUGUGGAUCCAUAAUUAUUUGCGGCUAGAGCUUGAGCGGAGCUUAGGCUUUGCGCAUUCGAUUCGUUCGAAAUUAAUUUUAUUUGAAAAUGGCU